AUGCUGAAAUCUCUAGAGGAUGAGCUGUGCUACAGGACUAUUCUACUUUUGGAAGGUGAUCCCAAUGUCGAGUGCUGGCAGCAAAGCUACUUCCACGACAGGGUUCCUGUGCUAAGCUUCAAGGCAAAUGAAAACGUCUACCUAAAAGAUGGUUUCAAUUCAAAGAUACUGGCGCUGGUCUGCCUGAACAAAGGCGACGAAGAUACAAUGAGGUCGCUGUACAGCUAUCUGGAGAACAUGCGAGAUACGCCCACCAUACUAUUCGCACCCUCGGAUAGCCACAUACGUGAUAUCUUCCAGGAGUGCGUCACCGAGAGCAUGCUGAAUGUGCUGGCGUUCAAUGACUCCAGUAGGGAGUUCGUUUACAGCUUCCAGGCAUUCCCAACUCUUCGGGUUGUUAGGCGCAGGGUGAAGGAGGUGCGUCGGUACUUUGAGCCGCAGCUUGAGGAUCUGGGGGGCUGUGUCCUGAAGGUUGUGCCCGAUGGCGUCAUGCCCAGAACUCUGGUGUACCAAGGCGAGGAUGGAGAGCUGCAGAUGGGCGGAUACCUCAGCCAAUUCAUCCGCAACUAUGUGAGCACCAUUAACGCAAGUCUGCAGAUCCGCUGGGACCUCUUCCCGGAGGACGGUGAUUUCGAUAUGGACACCUUAACGGGAAGCAAUCACGUCGACUUCCCAUUAGGGCUGAACGUUCUGAGUAUCAAAACAUUGCAAAAGGACGUCGCCAUGGAGAUAUCCAGCUGGUUCCUCAUGCUACCCAUGGAGCCCAGCCUUCCUCGAGCUCGGUUCUUCAUCAAGUUCGGCCUAUCGCUAUACCUGAUACCGAUGAUAAUAAUCCUAGCCAUCGUGCUACGUAACGCUCAUCGCUUCGAAGCUGGCCUAACUCCUAGCUGGCGGUGCUGUUCAAUGGGCAAUACGGUGCUCCGGGGAGUCCUGGCACAGGUGUUCGUCCUUCCGAAGGGGCUAUCCCCCAAACUAAUGUUUGUCUACGGGCUGCUCCUGGUGAGUGGCUUCUUUGUGAGCAACUACGUGAUUGUCUAUCUCACAGCUUGGCUCAUACAACCCCCGACAAGUGAUCCAGUUACAGACUUCGAGAAAAUGCGCUGCGCCAAGCUGAAGAUCCUUAUGCUCCCGACGGAAGUGGACUACCUGAAGUCCAUGAGGGGAGCGGAGUAUGUGGAUGCGCACAACGAUUUGUUUCAGGCAGCCGACUCCAUGGAUUUCCAGACCCAGCGGAUGUCCAUGGAGCUGCACUUCGCCUUCCCCGUGACGGGCACCUUGUGGCCCCUCUUAAGGCAGGCCCAAGUCAAACUGCACCGACCCAUCUUCCGGCGCUCCAAGGAGUUGGUCUUUCUGCCCUUCGUAAUCAUGGUAAUGACCAUGCAGAACAACUCAAUUUUCCUCAGUUCCCUCAAGCGAUAUAGGUCGCGGACCAGUGAGGCCGGACUAUAUCUGUUUUGGUUCAAGAAAAGCUUUUCCGAGCUGGUGGCGAUCCACAAGAUCUCCUACAAGGAGGACUGGCUUUAUGAUUCCUAUUCCGAUCUGAAGUGGGAGGAUUUUCUCUUUGCCUGGCUUGGCUUUCUUGGCGGAGCUACCGUGAGUUGCCUGGCAUUGCUGGCCGAGAUUGGAUACCACAGGUGGCUCUGGAAACGCACUCACCAAUAA